CCGCGCAGUUGCUGUUACUAACCGGUAGAAUUUGUAAAGACGCUCUCGACAAAGUGCGAGAUACGAGUUCAAUUCAAUUGCGCUCAGACUUUUGUAUAAACCACACUAUUGUUAUUAUUUAUUAUCAUCCAACGAAUUAAGUAGCGAAGAGUGUGUUGCAAGUUUUAAGUGAAGAGAGAUCAAAAAGCAAAUUGUCGAAUUUUAUUGAUUCUUACUGGACGUUGAAGCUUCAAGAAAAACGACAAUGUCUCUGUUACCGAUGUUGUUCUCUAGCUGGUGGGAGGGUUUGGACAGACCACAUCGACUAUUUGAUCAGCACUUCGGGCUAUCGUUGAGUCCCGAGGAUUUGCCAACAGCUUUACCGUUUCCGGAUAACGAAAUUGUGGUAAUAAAACCACGUCGCCGUGGGACUCAGAGAUACCAGCCCUACGAGAGAGCCUUGGAACGUGCAUCCAGAGGCGGAAUAUCCACUGUCCAAGCCGACAAGAACAAAUUUCAAGUCACCUUAGAUGUCCAACAGUUCGCUCCGGAGGAAGUUUCUGUCAAAGUUGUAGGAAAGAAUGUGAUCGUCGAAGGGAAACACGAGGAAAAACAGGACGAACAUGGAUGGAUCUCGAGGCAGUUCGUGCGAAAAUACUUGGUACCAGACCAGUGCGACAUCGAUCAGUUGAAAUCGAGUUUGUCAUCGGAUGGUGUAUUGACCAUCACUGCGCCCCGAAAGGAACCUGAACCACAGUCGAAGAACGAGAGAAUCAUCCAAAUCGAGAAUACAGGACAGCCAGCUCUGAGGCAAGAAACAGCCUCUGCACCAGCAGAGAAACAGAAGGAAACACCGCAAAAGAAUACUGCUCAACAGAGGGGACAAGAGAAGACAGUUAAAGCUGCUUAAGAAGAAACUAUUGGGUUCUAGUAAACAAAUUGUCCAUUUCUCUUGCAGUAUUUCGUCAUCGUCUUCAUGUCAAUGUUUCAUUAAAGACUAUUUUUCAUUUACUUUAUAAAAGACGUACUUGUUUCAGUUUGUUCACAUUUUCACAUAUGUCAUACCUUAGAUGUAAGUGCCAAGUGAUAUUUUCUUAAAAAUAUAUAUUCCAAAGGCUUUCCUUAAUGUUAUUUAAGACUCGUUUGUCGUCAAGUGUUUGUAAUAAAAAUAUUCCUUUUAUAUGA